UCUUGGUUUUCGAGUUGCCGCUGCCGCCGCCUCAGCCUCUGGAGGUGCACCUGAGAGCCGGCUCCGCCGCAGCCUCCUCCCGCGCUAUGAACCGCUUCAAGAUGUCCAAAUUCCGGCACACCGAGGCCCGGCCGCCUCGGAGGGAGGCCUGGAUCAAUGACGUUCGAGCAGGAACAGCUUCGUCCUACGGGAACCACAUCAAGUCAAGCUGUAGCUUAAUUGUGUUUAACAGUGAUCGACCAGGCACCCUGGGCAUUGUGCCCCUGGAAAGUCAGGGCAAGAACAAGAAGAAUGUGGCCUACCUGGGUUGCCAUUCAGAUCUGGUGACUGAUUUUGAUUUCUCUCCAUUUGAUGACCAUCUCCUUGCCACAGGCUCAGCAGACAAAACGGUAAAGCUGUGGCGACUGCCGGCCACCACUGCUGGCCAGGACCUGCCCUCUGCACCUGGGGUGGUGUUGGGCCCUGAGAAGUUCCAGGUGGACGUCCUGAAGUUCCACCCCACUUCAGACACUGUGCUGGUGAGCGCCUCCAACAAGGCUGUGAAAGUCUGGGAUUUAGCCCUGCAGCACACCCUGACUGAGCUGGACACACACAGUGAUCAGGUUCAGAGCGUGGCCUGGAGCUCUGAUGGUAUUCUCCUGGGCACAUCUUGCAAGGACAAGCAGCUACGGAUCUUUGAUCCCAGAACAAAGCCCACUGCGUCCCAGAGCACCCAGGGCCACGAGAACCACAAGGACAGCCGACUGGUGUGGACCAACUCCCAGGAGCAUCUGCUGUCUACUGGAUUAAACCAGAUGCGAGAGCAUGAAGUAAAGCUGUGGGACACUCGCUGCUUCUCCAGCGCCCUCACCUCCUUCACCCUCAACACUUCCCCCGGGUCUCUGAUCCCACUGCUCGAUGCAGACUCUGGGCUCCUAAUCCUAGGUGGAAAGAGUGAGAAUCUGAUAUACUGCUAUGAAGUGUCACUGCAACAGGCCACACUGACCCAAUUGAACCAGUGUGUCCUGGAGACCAAGUGCCGGGGAAUGGCCCUGGUACCUCGUCGGGCACUGGCUGUCCUGGCUUGUGAGGUGCUUCGGGUGCUGCAGCUCAGUGAGAUUGCCAUCAUGCCCAUCAGCUAUGUUGUGCCCCGAAAGUCUGUAGAAUUCCAUGAAGACUUGUUUUCUGAUGCUGUUGGCAGUGUGCCUGCCACCACUGCCCAAGGCUGGUGGGCUGGAGACAACCAGCAGGUGCAGAGGAUUAGUCUGAAUCCAGCCCACCGGCGUCAUACUAGCUUCACUUCCUGCCUGGUGCCCACAGAACUUUCUUCUCCCACUGCCACCCAGCUUCAGGAGGUGCCAAUGAGUGACACAGACCCAAGUGAGGGCAGCUUCUCCUCCCCACCUAGCUCUCUCACCUCACCCUCCACCCCUUCUAGUCUGGGCCGCUCACUCUCUAGCACCAGUGGCAUUGGCACCAGCCCCUCCCAGAGGUCACUGCAGAGCCUCCUGGGCCCUACUUCCAAGUUCCGCCAUGCCCAAGGUACUGUGCUCCAUCGUGAUACUCACAUCACCAAUCUCAAGGGACUCAACCUCACCACACCUGGGGAGAGUGAUGGGUUCUGUGCCAAUCGCCUCCAUGUGGCUGUGCCCCUGCUGAGCACAGGUGGGCAGGUGGCUAUUCUGGAGCUGCGGAAACCUGGCCGCCUGCCUGACACUGCACUGCCCACGCUACAGAAUGGGGUGCCUGUCACUGACCUCACCUGGGAUCCAUUUGACCUGUACCGCCUUGCUGUGGCUGGGGAAGAUGGCCGGAUACGGCUGUGGCGGGUUCCCCCUGAAGGACUGCAAGAAGUUCUGACAACACCUGAGGCCAUACUAACAGGCCAUACAGAGAAGAUCUACUCCCUGCGCUUCCACCCACUAGCAUCUGAUGUGUUGGCCUCAUCUUCCUAUGACCUGAGUGUGCGGAUCUGGGACCUGCAGGCAGGGAUGGAGAAGAUAAGGCUUCAGGGUCAUAGGGAUCAGAUCUUCAGCAUGGCCUGGAGCCCUGAUGGACAACUCCUGGCAACAGUGUGUAAAGAUGGGAGGGUUCGGAUCUUUGAUCCCCGGCGUAGCCCAGAACCUAUCCAGGAGGGUCCUGGCCCUGAGGGAGGUCGAGGAGCUCGCGUGGUCUGGGUGUGUGAUGGCCAGUGUCUGCUGGUAUCUGGUUUUGAUAGCCGGAGUGAGCGCCAGCUUCUCCUGUAUGGGGCAGGAUCAUUGGCAGGAGGCCCUUUGGCUGUACUGGGCCUUGAUGUGGCACCUUCCACCCUACUGCCCAACUAUGAUCCAGAUACUGGUCUUGUCCUUCUCACUGGCAAGGGUGACACACGAGUAUUUGUAUAUGAACUACUCCCGGAGGUCCCCUUCUUCCUGGAGUGCAACAGCUUCACCUCAUCUGACCCCCAUAAGGGCUUUGCUUUCUUACCCAAGACGGAAUGUGAGGUACAACAGGUGGAGUUUGCUAGGGGCCUUCGACUCCGUCAGACUUCCCUAGAACCAGUUGCCUUCCGACUUCCCAGAGUCAAGAAAGAGUUCUUCCAGGAUGAUGUGUACCCAGAGACUGCUGUGUGCUGGGAGCCUGCACUCAGUGCUGCUGCCUGGUUGGGAGGUGCCAAUGGACAGCACCGCCGCCUCAACCUCCAGCCCCCAGGAAUGACCCCAGUGAGUGAGGCCCCCCGAGAAGCUCCUACACGGCGGACCCUGCCCUCAUCUGUCUACCUUGAAGAGAAGUCAGAUGAACAGAAGAAAGAAGAGCUGUUAAGUGCUAUGGUGGCAAAACUGGGUAACCGGGAGGACCCCCUCCCCCAAGAUUCCUUUGAGGGAGUGGACGAGGAUGAAUGGGACUAGUCCACUCUAUCAGCCACACCCACCGCUGCUUAUCCUCUGGAGCUACCUGGCCUGCCCUGAGCCCCAUUCUUGAGCUGCAAGAUGCCUCUCUCUCCAGGCCGUGGUGCUGCUGCUGACCUGUGGAGUGGCUCCAUAGCUGACAUGACCCCAUCUCUUCAUCCCAGGAACCUCUAGACUAAGAUCUUUGGGAUCUUAGUGUUUUCAGCUAGUGGCUGCUCCCAAGCUGAUGUAUCUCCGGAGUAUCCUGGCUCCAGCUUUCUCUGAGGUCUCGUAGGCUGCAGUGGGAACACUCCAAGUGGGGCCUUAAUUGGCCCUAUCCUAUUUCUCUCUCUUGGGACCAAUUUUUCUUUUCUGCUACAUUUUGUGGUCAGAAGCUGAGGAAGGGACAUUGGUUAGCACUGCCCUGGGCCUGCUACCUGGCUGUCCCUACUAUACAUGACACCACUUGCCCUGUAACUAUGUAAGUUACCGCCUUGCUCUUGAGAGCCUUGCCUACUCCUUCCAAAAACAAUAGUCCCUCCUCCAGCUACUCUCCUGUUCUCUGUAGCUUAUGGGUUAAGGCUUACCUUCUGUUUUUUUUCUCUUUCCAUAUUGCCUAGUCAGGAUCCUUAAAGGGGCUGGAUCCCCCUGUAGUCAUCAAUCCUACUAGACCUCCCAUUUGCUUUUUUCCUCCAAACCUGAGACAGUGAGAAAAGAGUAAGAACAGGGCCCAGAGCACUUAAAAAAAAUAAAAAAAAGGAAUGUGAGCCCCACUAAUAAGGGGUUUAUGAAUUUAUCAAUGCCUCAGCCAUUAAAUUUUUCUAAGCAAGA